UCCGGAUCACAUAUGGGGUCAACCGGUAGCUGGCCGAGGAAGAUGGCGGGACGCAGGACUCGCGCGAUGGCGAAGAGAAAAGAAGCCGUGGAGUCUUUUUCCUCGGAAGACGAAGAGAGCGAUGGCGCGCCGGAGGAGGUGACCUUUGAGAGCGCGCGGGCGGCGGCUGAAGAGGCGCGCCGGUUGGCGGGAGAGCGCGCGCGCAGAGAAAAAUCUGCCUUGAAAGAGAAGAGGCGACAAAGGGAAGAAUUAUUUAAAGAACAAAAGAAAAAAAAACUACUUCCUGAAAAUGUGCUAGAGGAGUUGGCAUCAUCAGCACAGAACAGUAACAAGCCAUCUGAGACAGCUGAGCAAGAUCAGAAUAACGAAGAUGAGUCUGAAAGUGAGAAAGAAGAAAGUGUGAUGGAAGACAAUGAAGAAGAAACGUUGGCAGCUAGGCUCCAGCAAAGCUAUAUGGCAGUGCGGCUACAAGAUCAAGAGUUAGCUAACAGGCAGCAGCAAGCAGCCAAAGACUUCAUACAAAGGCAGCUUUAUGGAGGUGGUAGCAACCGAACUACAGCAAACAAGUAUUUUUCUAUGGAAAACAAGAAGGCUACAGUUAAAAAAGCUGCAAUCCAAUUUGUUGUUAAUUCUUGGGGUAAAAAGAAAAAACAAAAAGCUAAACAAUUUACAAAGUGUUGGAUUGCUUCAAAGAUGGUACCUAAAACAUAAUUUGCCUACAUUUCGACUGCCUGAAGAUUAUUCCCAAGACUGUUAAUUGUGAAGAUGGCUUCAUAAAUCUUUAAGAUGUGAACUUUUUGUAUAAAUGUUGUGUUCAAUAGUCAAGAAUCCUGUCUUUCUGCUGUACUUUUUAAGAAAAUCUGGUUUGAGAUUUUCUGAGUCCUGUAAAAUGCAGAGAACACUGUUCAAAUAACGGAAAGCUUGCACAGAUGAAAAGUGCAUAGCAUUUUAUUCUGUUAAAGGAUUCCUUCAUUACACAUACCAUAUGUGACAUUACAAUUACAUUACCUUAGGAAAGGUACCCUUGAUUGCUAUGUGAAAGUCUGCUCUUUAAAAUCAAAGAUUAGAAAACUUAACAUUGAUUAAUUUGUAUUGUCCACAUGGGGGUCUAGGGCUGUGUACCAAUGUUUGGACAAUGGAUAGGAAUGUCUAAUUUAAAAGCCAUCGUCUCAGUCUCAAGUUUGGACAGCUGAAUUAUGGAUAAACCUCCCUCUAGCAAGUUUAGGAUCAGAAAUUUACAGAUAUAUAAAAUCAAGCUCAAGCUUGAUGGUACCACAGACUAAAUAUAUUGAGGCGAGAUAUUUCUUGGCAGUCUCUGCUUACAUAAAAAAUAUAAGCUUCUUGAUCUCAGUCAAAUUGGUGAAGGCAGGAACAUUCACACAAAUUCCAGUUUCCUUCCUUGUGUACCAGCUAGGGAUCAACCCCCACCCCCAUCUCCUUGGAGUUAUUUCCCUCAGACUCGUUAGGGAUGGGUACACAUCCCACUUGCCUUGCUCAGUGCCCUCCUUGAUCCUCUCACGGUCUGCUUUGCUCUCCCACUGUUAACUCUGAACUCCCAACUGAAAAAUUCCAUUAGAAUCUCCUGUCACUCAAGGUUCUCAGCCCAGGUUGCAGCAUUAACCAUUUACUGUCCGUCACAGUGUAUAUCUAUAACAUGGCCAUCCUGCAAUCAUUCCUCAACUACAACCUGCAGUACACAUCCGAGUUAAGAGCAAACCAUUCUAGAAAUAUGCUGAUGAACUUUUAAUAAAGGUCACAGCAGCAAAUGAGUGGAAGUGGUCACUUCUGCAUUUUUCACACCUCUCCUCAAUAAAGUUAAGAGCUUGGGAGCUUGCCCCAGACAUUAAUAAACAUGCUGUUGCUAGGAUCACCUUUUUUCAAUUUCACGUAGCAUGUAAACUGGCCCUUAUUUGCAGUCUGCCAAUCUAGCUAGGCUGGCCUGUGCUACCUACAGAUGGUUCUAUUGUAAUUGCAGCAUUGGAAGUGUGGUGGUACCUGGAGCUCUCCCACUUUACAACUGAUUUCCAGACAAUCAAGAUCAGUCCUCAUGGAGAAAAUGAGGCAAUUCUUACUGGAAGAUGGCUCAAAAGCUUCAACUGGUACAAAAUGCAGCAGUUAUACCCUUCAGCCAGUCCUCUUUCAGAACUGUUUAAAUGGCAACGGCUAGGUCAGAGGCUUUUUCAGUUGAAGGGUACAGCCCUCUGGAAAAGGCCUCCCAUAGUGAAUGCAUAAAGCACAUUCAUUGGCUACAUCAAAGAAGGCCUGUAAAGACAGUUCUACUUGAAGGAUAAACUACUUUUGUAGAUUUGGCUGUGGCUUUAUUCUGGAUGUGUUUUUAAUUUUUGUUUUUAUUGUAUAAAUAUUUUUCCUGUUAAUAAACCUAUUUUUACAUCCUGCAA